AUGACAAGUCAAGAGUCGGGCGUACGUCGCCUGGAGUGGACGCUUACCACCGCGGAAUCCCUCCGGAAACUCACCGAAGAGAGCGCAACUGCUCCGGUCGUUAUUGACUACAUCUUAUCGAAGCAAGAGGUGCUGACCACGAGGGAUGUCAUUGACGCGCUGUUUCUGGUCUAUGAUCUUCUUGUCUGGUCAGCGACAAGCUUCGCAAUGCCCAUAUCCACAGUUGUGCGCAUGCUAUCGUUGCCCUUGCUUGUCGCACUGCAACGGUCCGCCAUUGCAGCCUCUCUGCAGAGUGGUCCGAGCCCAUGGCCCCAGUGGGAGCACGUCGCUGUCGGGGGCACCUUUGACCGGUUGCACGCAGGCCAUCGACUGCUGCUGUCUGCUGCCCGAUACCUGUGCCGCUCGCAUCUCUACAUCGGGGUCUCCGGCGAGGCACUCGUCGCCGACAAGGCGCAGAAACACAACCUGCAGGCAUUCCCCGAGCGGUGUGCUGCUGUCCAAGGCUUUAUGCUGCUUCUGGGGAGCGUGGUUUCUCACUUGAGCACGGUGAACAUCCAUCUCGUCGAGUUGGAGGACGCUGCUGGACCUGCUGCGACGGACCCGUCGCUUCAAGCGCUGGUGGUGUCCGAGGAAACCGCCGCUGCGGCAACUGCAAUUAACCGACAACGGCAGGAAAGGGGCCUGUGCGAAGUGGUUUUAGUUCAGGUUCCCAUUCUUUGGCAAACGCGCCCCGAUGGAAAACGGGAGAAAGUGAGUUCGACCUGGCUUCGGCAGAUGCUCAAUGGCUGA